CUCACAUUUCCGACCCGAUCUGAGAGAGAGAGAGAGAGAGAGAGAGAGAGAGAGAGAGAGAUGUCCGACACCGGUGAACCGUACGGUGAGGAGCGCGAGCGGCCCGGAUCAUGUGUCGGUCGGAUGCGCGAGGAGGAGGAAGAGGAGGAAAAGAUGAAGGAACUGAAACCGAGCUGUCCGGGUGAUGAGGCGCGUGGAGGAACCGGCGUUGCUAUGGAAACUGCCUCCUCAGACUCUGUGCCUGAUCCGUUCCUGAACUCUUCCUUUGAGCAGAGUGACCUCUACACCUCCCUCCUCUCCUCCAACUUCUCCUCCUCAAACCCAUUCAACACCAGCAUUCCUCUCUUCUCCUCCCAGGAUGAUCGUUCUCCUCUCGCUCCUCUGGGGAGCGACUCUGGAAUUGGGAUGACCCCUGGUGACUCCUGUGACCUCCACACCCAAAAAAGCGAGUCCUAUAACUACAUGGAUAUAAGUGACAACCUUUGUGACCUUGGUAACCAGAGUAACACUGGGUCAAAAAAGCAGCCAACAAGGAACCACAUGGAUGAUGAUGAUGGAUCCAUGGAUUUGAAGGUGAAGAUGGAGAAGGAGGUGUUCAAUUUGGGCAGCUUCCUGGAGAAGAAUCCUGAAAACCUGGCAGUGAAGGGAGACUUGGGAAACACCUUCCCGUAUGUGGAGGAUCAAUCAGACGAUGAGUUACUGGAGAACAGACCAUGCCCUGCCAGUCCAGUGAAGAUCACAGUAACAACAGAUUCCUGUAUCCUAGCAACCGAGCAAGCAAGAGGUGGUGUGUCUGAAAGGGAAAGCGUGCUGAGUUUGGGGAAAGAAGGUGUUCCCACAGUAACACUGUCCGAACCAGAGGAUGACAGCGCUGCUUCAUCUGUCAAUCAUUCCCCUAACCACUCCCCUACAGCAAGAGAGUCACCCUCAGACAUCUUGUUCCAGCCUGUAGGGAUGAAGUGUGUGAACAACAGUGCCCUCUACCAGGACACCAAGGGCCCUACAAAACCCUGUGACACUGGAGAAUCCGGAGACUCCGAAAUCGAGCCUGAAUCCCCAAAACGUGAAAAGCAGUUCAGCACUAAAGACAGACCUGGCAACCUGUUUGAACCGAUAGCAUCAGGCGUGGAGAUGAAUCAAGGCAACAAGGGAAGAUCUAACAAUUCAUUCAAGGUUUCCGUGAACAUGAAGGGGGAAACUGUGCAACAAGGCAACCCUCCGCUUUACAGCCUGCUGCGAGAGGAAAGGGAGGCGGAGCUAGACAGCGAACUGCUCAUCGAGUCGGCUUCUGAGGAGAGCCCGAAGAGGGAGCAGGUAGUGAAGUACACCCUAAAACCCAGCUCCCCUCUGAGAUCACCUCCACCUGUGAGCAGCGCUCCGUCACCACCUCUGAAAGAGAAAGAACAGAAAGUAAAGGAAGAAAAAAAGGAAAAGCCCAGUGCAGCACUGAGAGAGGAAAUAAAACCUCAGCCACAACAACAGGAAGAGCAAAUGUUCACUGAAGCCAAGCCUGAAAUCAUGGUGUCUUUUGAACAGCGGCCUCUGGAGGAUGGAGGGAAUAAAAGCACGGUGACUCGUGCUGAAGAAAAAGGGAAUGCUAAAGAGGUGGAGCUGCUGCUCUUCCUGCGCAAUUUCAAUAAACAGAAGGUGGUGGAGUUGCUGCACUGGCGGGAUGUGAAGCAGACGGCUGUGCUGUUCAGCAGUGUGUUGCUGCUGCUCUUCUCUCUGACUCAGUUCAGUGUGGUGAGUGUGAUGGCCUACCUCGCCCUCACCGCGCUCUCCAGCACCAUCAGCUUCAGAGUGUACAAAUCUGUGCUGCAGGCUGUGCAGAAGACCGAGGAUGGACACCCUUUCAAGGCGUACCUGGAGAAGGAGAUCGAUCUCUCUCCGGAGCAGAUUAGUAAAUACGUGGAGAAAGUGCAGCUCUAUGCGAACUGCACACUGAAGGAGCUGCGCAGGCUUUUCCUGGUCCAGGACCUCGUUGACUCGUUAAAGUUCGCAGUGUUGAUGUGGCUGCUGACAUAUGUUGGCGCUCUGUUUAACGGCCUCACUCUACUCAUUCUGGCUGUGGUGUGUGUGUUCACUGUGCCACUGGUGUAUGAGAAAUAUCAGAAACAGAUAGAUCAGUACCUGGGCCUUGUGAGAACUCAGGUGAACUCCAUGAUGACAAAGUUGAGGGAGAAGGUGCCUGGAACCAAGAGGAAGGCUGAAUAAAAUCCCUCCAUCCAAAACCACUAAACACUGCACAGCCAGUAAUAAUCACAGCAAGGCUGCAUCCCAAAUCAUGUUUUGAACACGCCCUCGUUGACUUCCACUUCAGCUCUGGGAUGCUCUAAUUUUAUGAGCUCAUAAGAUGCAGCGAGCAACUGGACAUUACUGCAGCCUUCAGGAGCACAAAUUACCCAGAAUGCACUGCGCAAUGAAUCCUGGGUGCUGAGGUUUUUUUUUUUUGAUAAUCUGAUGAAGCAAACUAGCUUGUAGGGUGUAAACCUCUGAGGAAAUCAUUUGCACAACACUGUUCCUGCUAAGAGUGUACACUCCUCCCUGUGAUACACACUUUAUACAAACACACACACACACACACACACACACACCCCGACCAAAGGGGAAGUCAACGGGGGUGUAUUAAAGAGGAGCCCGAGUCCGUAGGUGUGUGUCGAUCACAAAUGAUCACGAUUAUUACCCGAAACUGACAUUUAUUAUGAACUUACCAUAUUGUGUAUUUAAACAAAAAUAUGAUCACAUGAUCAGCUCGAGCUGUUCUGAUUAGACUGAAGAGCCUCAGCAGGAUCUCAAAGCAUCAGUGAUCAUAAGGUUCAUGGUGAUUAUCGACACAUGCCUUAAAAAACAAAAACCUACAUUAAAAAUUAGCAGAGCUGAAAAAGCCCAUAGUAACAAGUCAAUUAUAAUAAACCCACAGUAUAUUUUGUUUUCUAACUGAGUCCAAUGAGAUGGUUAAGUUGAAUGAAUGAAAAAUACUUGCCUAAAGAAAAUGAGGAAAUAUGAUGUAAAUUAUUGCAGCGUCAUUAUUGUAUGGUCAAAUCUGUGAUGUGAAAAACUUGUUAAAAUCAUUAAAAAAUGUCAUGAGAAAAGAUGUUAAACUGCGAGUAGAAGUGAAGGACAGAAAUGGCUUUUUCUCAUAUUGCUUCAGAUUAAAAUGCAUGAAUGUCAAUCUUUAGUAAAUAAUAUUAAAAUAGAUCACCUUUUCUUUCUGCAUUGCUUCAAUCUAACUGCAAGAUCACACAUACACAGCCGCUGUAUAACUGCUUGCAUCACCGCUUACACACACACACACACACACACACAAAUGAAUAUAUUGUGAAUGAUUUUCUUGUGUGUGUGUUGAAUACAAGAAUUUGAAAGUUAAAUAUAAUUCUGCUUUUGUAACAUCAGGGGUGUGUUCAGUUCAGUGUCGUUGGUUUGAGCUCUGCGUGGAUUAACUGUUUACACUCAUGUAUUAUUAAGGAACAAGAAUAAAUAAAAUGUGCUGUACUGUAAA